AUGCCAAUUUUAUCGAAGCCCAAAAAACGAUUCCCUAUAUUGAAACUUCAUAGUGUAAUACUAUUCAAUUGUAUCGAACAUUUGGAUGUUUUGGAAGUAAUCCUCUUCUCGCUUCUUUCAAAACGAGCCAAAAAAUUAGCUAAACUUGUUCGUUGGAGCCCUCUGUACAUCCGUUCGACUUCCCACGGAGGCCCACAAAUUUGUUUGAGAUCUUCGACUGAUCCAGGACGGGAAUAUGUCAUCGAUUAUAUGAAAGAUGAGAAACCAUCAGAAUAUCCAUAUUUUCAAUCCAGACUGAUUGGACCACAAGUGGAUCAUUUUUUGUUUCUGAAGAAUGAGGGAAACGUAAUUGAAGACUCAAAACAGAUGGUUGAACUUAUCUGUGAAGUGUUUCGCUCACCUAUUCGUACUAUUGAAAUUGAUGAGGAAUUACUCGAAUGGAUUAUCACAUUUCAACCAAUAAUUCGCUAUGUUUGGAUUUUUGAUGGUGUUAUCACUUCUGUUAAAUCCUUGGAUCGUAUCUUCAAAAGUCUCAAAGCGACAGAUUAUUUUCAGUUGGGAUCUCUUGCAAUAGAGGGGAAAUUUCAAUACACGGAACCAAUUCCAUUUCCUUAUAUUUCUAUCAGAAACUCCUAUUGGUUCACUCUACCUUCAAUUCUCAAUGGGAACAAUUCUAUCAUUCUUCUAGAUAGGUCAGAGUUGACAUCAAAGGAUAUAAACACUAUUUUGAAGGAAUGGCAGAUAGGAUUUAAACUUCGGAAUUUGGAAUAUAUUAAAAUUGAAACCUUCACACUCCUGGAUGCUACUAGCUAUGCUAAUCAGCUUUUUGAAAGUUUAAAUAUGACUGUGGGAGUUGAAAACGAUGGAAGACCUACGACAGUGAAAAUUGGCGAUAAAAGGAUACUUCCUCUGCCACAGGGAGCCACCGUAUUCAAUUUGACCAGACACGAUGGGACGAUUCUCUCUAUGUCUGGAAACUACGAAAAAUUGGAAGACAACAAAAUAAAAUUGCUUUUUAGCCUGCAAGUUUGGCGUAAACAAGCUUGA